GUCAUUUUCGUUCCGACAUUGGAAAUGGAAGGAAAUGGAUUUUAGUAGAGCUAACAAGUAAUACUUCAAAGUGAUUGAAAUGAAGAUCCUUGUAACAGCAGUUCUGGUUCUUGUGCUGAUAAUCCGAGUGAGUGCAGUUAUCUGGCAAACACCACAGGACGGUCAUACAGACACACUUGCUGAAAGUACAUCGAUAGAUUCAAAUAUAACAACACUGCAGGCGGACAAUGCACUUAAUUAUUCCUUUACCCUGCUAGAACCAGCAGAUGAAGAUUCCAAAUUUAGGAUAGAGAGUGGCGCCUUGAAACUUAAUGAGUCUCUAGAUUAUGAAACAACAAAAUCAUACACCUUCACCUUAAAAGCUCUUUCGUCGUCAAUGUCUGCUGCAAUAACUUACAUUAUCAAUAUAACAGAUGUUAACGAUGAAGCUCCGGUAUUUACAAGCGCCACAAGCAUAGAUUUAACAAAAGACACAGAUAUAGACACGAUUGUUUACACUGCUGAGGUAACGGAUCCAGAUACAAUCGGUAGCUCUACCUUUUCAAUAGCAGGUGGCAAUACAAAUGAGACAUUUAGUAUAAACACAACGACUGGUGAUUUAACUCUUGAUAAGGCACUGGAUCCUGACGUUAUUCCAACAUACAGUCUGGUGAUAGAAGCUACCGACAGUGUAUUCACUGCCACCAUGACGCUAAGUGUCACUGUAAACAGAAUUGUGUGGACGGAACCAGUGAAAGGAACAUCAGAAGAGCUGCCCGAGGACACAGCAGUCAACACAGUGAUAAAGAAUUUGACUGCAGAAACAGCAACAUCUUAUAUCAUCAGAGGCCAAACUCCAUAUCCUGACCAGUUUGGUAUAAUAAAUACAAACGAGCUGGUGCUUGUGUCUGAACUGGACUUUGAAAAUACCACUUCACACAUCAUUUCAUUAAGAGCUAUAGAUGGAUCAGGAAAGUCAGCGGAUAUCACUUAUAUUGUUAAUGUUACUGAUGUAAAUGAUCUACAACCCGAGUUUGUGUCAGACACAAAUGAAUUCAUUCCGGAAAAUACCCCUGUUGGUACCACAAUUCACACUGCCUCAGCAACCGAUGGUGACACUGUUGGUACUGUCAGUUAUUCCAUAACAGCCGGUAAUGAUGGUGAAACGUUUGGCAUAGAUAAUAGCACCGGAGGUAUUACCUUGAACAAAGCGCUCAACCCAAAUAUUACUGGCGACUUGCAAUACAACCUUCUCAUUGAAGCGACAGAUUCUGUACAUCCAGUUACACAAAAUCUUACAGUCACUGUUAAAUCAGUACCUGCUUUAGUCCUUCCGGCCGAUGAUACUACUACUAUUACGGAGAACGCCGAUACAUCAGGACCACUUGUUGUGCUGACCUUGGAUUCAACAGAUCUGGAUAACGAUCCUACACCGACAUACAGUAUAGAUACCCAAAGCCAUCUUGGUACAUUUUCUAUCAGUAGUGACAACACAAAGCUCGUCACUACCGCUUCAUUUGACCGGGAACAAGUAUCAGAGUAUAAUAUCACCAUAAGGGUAACAGAUUCGUCAGGAUUUGAUCUAUCGUCUGCUGCCACAUUGACAGUGACGAUCGAAGAUGAGAAUGACGUUGCGCCAACCUUCACAUCAAACGCAACACUUGAUUUGGCAGAUUACACAGAUGACAUUAUCGUACACACAGUCACGACGGACGAUCCCGAUAUUACUGGGACCGUUACAUACACAAUCACAGCUGGGAACACCAACAGCGAUUUCAACAUGUUUACGAAUGGUAGUAUCACACUGAACAACGCCUUAAAUGCAUCUAUAACAUCGACAUACACUCUGACAGUUGUUGCCAAUGAUACUCUGAAUGUAACACCGUUUAAUCUUACUGUAAAUGUGGUAUCAGAACCACAACUAAAUAUUCCUGCGUCCGGUGUCGCAAUAGAAGAAGGCAGUUAUACGUCAAGUAUGGUCUGGACUUUGAGUUCUACAGAUGAGGAUGGUGACACAAAUCCCACUUAUGCAAUACUAGACCAGAGCGUGAAUGGUACUUUCGAGAUAAAUGGCGACAACACACAGCUGAUAACAUCGGCAACGUUUGACUUCGAAGAAUUAACAAGUUACACAGUAACGCUGCAAGUAACAGACUCAUCCUCGCUCCAGCGCUCCUCUACAGGAAUACUUACUGUCAACAUUACAGACGUUAAUGAUGAACCGCCAGCGUUCAAUCCAGCAUCUGUAGAUCUAGAACUAAGAGAAGACGCCCCGAUUGGUUUGGUGGACUACAUUGCAGCAUCUGUCGAUCCAGAUUCAGUAUCUGCAGAUUAUUCAAUCAUAGGUGGAAAUACAAAUGAUGUAUUCAGUAUUGAUGCCGUUUCUGGCAACCUAUCACUUGCAUCACUGCUGAAUUCCUUCGAUGAUCUGAGUUACCUCCUCAUUGUUCAAGCAAACGACAGUGUAAAUGUUGGAACACAAAGUGUGAACGUUACUGUUGUAACAGCACCAGUCUUUGAGUUCCCUGAAAAUGUAGAAAUUCCCGAGAACACGAAUACUUCUGGAGGGUAUGAAGUAUUAGCACUGAACUCAACGGACCGUGACGGUGACCAAAAUCCACAAUAUGAAAUUGUAUCACAGAGCGAUCCGGGUACUUUUGAGCUGAACGCCGAUAACACAACUCUUGUUACAACUGCGGAAUUCGAUUACGAAGCCAGUACCGGUUACAAUGUUACUUUGCGAGUAACAGACACGUCAACGUUUACUAUGUCUAGCACAGCUACAUUAGUGAUAUCUGUCACUGACAUGAAUGAUAACGCUCCUGAAUUCCAGUCUAAUGAUACAUUUGAGAUAUCUGAAUUUACAUCAACUGGUACCGUUGUAUAUGUUGCUAAAACUACCGAUGUUGACACCGGAUCUAUUGUAACAUACUCUUUCACAGAUGGAAAUACCGACAACACUUUUAGCAUCAAUGAAACAAGUGGGGAGAUAACACUUGCCACAGAUCUCCAGCCAAACGUCACACUGACAUAUAGCCUAGUUCUUCAAGCAAACGACUCGGCGCAGACGACAGAUUACACUGUCACAGUAUAUGUAAAAACUGCGCCUAUAUUCGUAUUACCAUCGACGAACAUAACAAUAUCAGAAGACCAGGAUACGUCAAUGACAUAUACAGUCUGGACAUUGAACUCAACUGAUGCAGACGGAGAUACUGGUGUUGUGUAUGAGAUUGUUUCCCAAAGCGUUAAUGGUACUUUUGAGAUCAGUGCAGACAAUUCGGAACUAACGACAAAUGCUUCAUUUGAUUUCGAAACAACUCAGAUGUACACUGUAACCCUAAGAGCCACAGACAAUUCAACUUUCAUGUUAUCAUCCACUGCAACAUUGACUGUUUAUAUCACCGACGCCAAUGACAGUCCUCCUGAAUUCACAUCAAACGGAGCACUUGAUCUUCCUGAAUUUCAAGACAAUGAUACACUUGUGUACAUAGCAGAAAUCACAGACAAUGACUCAGUCGGGACAGUAUCAUAUUCUUUCACAGGUGGAAAUUCAGAUGGCGUGUUCAGUAUUGACUCAGCUAGUGGAAAUGUGACUAUUAUAAAUGCGCUGGAACCAGAUACACGUUUGAAUUACAUGCUAACCAUACAGGCUAAUGAUAGUGUUAACUCAGUGACCUUGAACCUUACUGUAAAUGUAAUAACAGUGCCAACAAUAACUGCAUUUCAAAUCAACAUAACUGAGAACAGUGUAAUAGAGGAAUAUCAAGUCUGGAAUUUAACAUCAGCUGACAAAGAUGGCGACACUAACCCAGUGUACGUCCUUGUUAAUCAAAGUGACCCAGGUGUAUUUGAAAUAAAUGACGCGAAAACAGCAGUAGUAACCAAUGCCUCAUUCGACUACGAAACGACAACACAAUAUACAUUUACAAUAGAGGUAACUGAUAGUUCAUCUUUGCAACUGUCAUCUACCGCAGUGUUUAACGUAUCUGUCAUUGAUGAAAACGACGUAGCCCCAAACUUUACAACCAGUGCAGAGGUUGACGUGUUGGAGGAUGCAGUCAUAAAUACAACAGUUUACACAGCUGUAACAGAGGACCCCGAUACUAUAGGAUCGGUAACAUACACCAUAAUUGGUGGAGAUGAAGACGGUGCCUUCAUAAUUGAUGGUGUCAGUGGAAACGUCACACUCGAAAAAUCAUUGAAUGCCUCUGAAAAAUUAACUCACGUGCUACAUUUACGAGCAAAUGAUACCGUCAACGUAGCGAAAUUCAACGUAACGUUAAAUGUGAGAACAGCUCCAUUUAUGAAUAUCCCUGACACCGUAACGGUAGAAGAGAACGUCGCUAUCGGGUCUGACGUCCUGAUCUUGAACUCGACAGAUCUUGACGGCGAUAACAAUCCGGUGUACGAACUCGUCUCUGAAAGUGUGCCUGGUACAUUUAAGAUAAACAAUGACAAUACAAAGCUUGUGACAAAUGCUUCCAUUGACUAUGAAUCAGUUCAAAAUUUAACAGUUACUGUUAGAGUAACGGAAAUAUCAGAUUUGAACCUCACUUCAACAGCAGAUUUUACAGUGUAUGUACUGGAUGGUAACGAUAUAAGUCCAGUAUUUACAUCAGCCAAUUCCACUGAGGUUGCGGAAAAUAAAGCUAUCGGUAAGUUUAUUUUGUUGUGUUGUGUUCAACUUUCUACAAUCGCUUUUUGAAAUAUAUCAUUUGAU